UAAAUUUAGUUAAACAUUUAUUUCCAAAAUAGAUGUUAGAAUGCAGUAUGAAUCAAAUGUUAGAUUUGAAAAUUAUUUUUUUAAAGAUUUCUUAAAAUGAUUAAUCUGAUAUGAAAGUACCAGUAUAUAACUAGAAAUCUUUUUCUUUUCUGUUGGAAAUAACUAAAAACUCUACUAUGUCUGAUUGUCUGUAGUUAUAUAUACACCAUGGGUACAUUUAUACUCCGAUACUCAAUAUUAUCGAUAUUCUGCUUCUGGUUCCAAGUUUGCAAUUAAGUCUCUCACUCUCGUGUUUCAUGUGUUUCUCAAACAUGCGCUUUUUUUUUCUAUCAUGUUUUUAGAGAGACCGAUUCUUGUGCAAUUAAAAUAUUAUUAGUGACUUCAAAUCAAUAAUUUAUCAUUUGCAGAAAUAUGUUGUGAUCUGUUUUAGGCAAUUGGUUUCUGCAUUUUUCAGCAUUGAAAUGAAUAUAUUUUCUUUUCUGUUAUGUUCAGUGGUUUUAAACUGUGGAGCUCUACUUUAGGAAAUGUUCUAUUCAUUGGAGUUAUAACAUACAUAAUCUCAUGCUUCUUAGUGAAAUUUUGGAACUUUUUUACUCUUUAUCUGCAGAAUCUCAAAGAUGUGCAUAUUUUAGUACAUUUCAUCUGUUCAGUUAAUUGCAAAAUCAUGUAUAUUUUGGGCCGUUUGGCUGGUUUAGUUUUUCAUUUCUUUUGGCCAAAGGUGAUAACAAGUUUAGCAAAGCGGAUGUUUAUUAUUAAAAAGGGAGUGCCUGUUUAAAGAAGCAAAACAUGAGUGAAUGGGGGAUGAUGGGAGAGGCUGGUGGCUAAGUGUAGGGCCUAGCCAUAAGCAUUUCAUGGAAGGCUUCACACCAGCCUUCUGUGGCUAGAGAGAAGCCUUCCAUAUUAUAGUACUAUAUUUCUGCGUGUGUGAUGCAGUUGUAAGGGCCUUUUUAUCUUUUUUAUGAUGACAAGGUCGGGGCUUGCAUGAUUUUUUUUUUUUUUGAAUGAGAGGAGCCCGUAGAAAUGGAGGGUAAACAAAGGGAGAGGGGCAGAUGAGUAUUUAAUAUUUAAGAACUAUGAAGCCUUGAGGCUUGACACCAUGAGGCAUGCCUGAAGCUGGGCUCAAGGCUUUCUUGUUAUAUAUUAGUAGAUUAGAUCACCAUCUAACUAAAAACCUUUUCUACUACGUAUGUAACAAUAAAUUCACCCCUACAUUUGGGGCACUUGUAUUGCUUCCCCUUCAUAUAAAAGGUGAACUAAGUGAGAUGUAUCUAUCAAACAUAAGACUUUCUAUAGAGGUCAGGAGAGUGGAGGUAGUGAUCAUCCAUGUUAAGGAGUUGCUAUUGUUUUUGUAAAGGACCCAAACCACCAAGAUUUUUGAAAGCCAAGGUAUAAUUCAUCUUGGUAACAAGACAUCAAUUUGCUCUGCUGAUAUGGAAAGUGGAAGAAUUUGAAAACAGCCAAGAGUUUUCAAGAUAUCAUUGAUAUCUUUGGGUCGAGGGCCUAUAUGGUAAAUCCGAGAUUAGCAACUAUCUUAAACAUUGAUUUAAAUUUUGUUUAUUAAAGGAAGUUAUUAAGCAUAUCAACGGAUAUAUUAGGAUUUACUGGUUUUUCUUCCCCAUGAUAAUAGGGGUUGAAUUUUUGCAUACAUCGUAUGGGGGUUUUGGGGUGCUUGAUAUAAGUAUAAUAGAGAUCUCGGCCGAGAUGAAAAACCAUGGUCUCCACACAUGGCUCAAGGUAUGUGAGCUGAUAAAGCCUGUGUUGGCCUCACAUAGCCAGAUACAGAGGCAUUUGCAUUAUAUAAUAUUGCAUUCUUUGGCCAUUACAAGUAUCAAUUAAGUAGGGCUGCCUUCAAAUUUACCCACUAAUAUUGGAUUUUCAAUACUUUAUAGUUUUUAAAGAUAACUGCAUAUACAAGCACUUCUUGGGCACAUACUCAUUUGAAGUCUUCAAAUUGCCUCAUUAUUGCUGUCAUUUAUGAAAUCUGUGGAGGAUAAGAAAGUUCUUUGUAAGUUGGAUCAUGGUAAUUUUGCUGGACAUUAGCAUUUAUGAUGUUUGAUCUUAAUUUAUAUUUUUCUAAUAUGGGAAGUAUCCACUUUUGCAACAUGUUUAGAAGUCUAGAUUGCUCUACUCUUAGUUUGUUCAUACAUCAUCUGCAAUUUGUUUGAUUCUAACUCAAUUUUAUAUAGUAUGUCAUUUGCUUAUUAUUUAUUUAAUUUUUGGGUUGCUAAGUCAGGUAAGGAUAAUCUGUGGUUAGUUGAUGCAUAAGAUCUGCUAGGACAAUGAUUAUAAUCAGAUGAGUCAGGAUUUAUCUUUGUACAUUUUUUAUGACUUAUGAGCAUGGGGGCCAAUUUUAGACAGUUUUUAUUAGAUUAUGUGAUUGUUUUAGUGUACAUAAUUUUGUAACUACCUGCUCAACAUGGGUAAAACUUAAUUAGCUAGUCUUGUUUUUGAGGAUUUUGUGCAGCUAAUUCAGGGAGAGGAAAUGCAAGCGCAAGUGAAGUUGAUAGCUAGAAUUAACUAAUAUAUUGACAAGAAGAAUCGAAUCAGAAACAAAAUCUUAUGUAUUCUUUGAGAGAUGUUUGCACUUAGUGAACCAAUAUCCACUUUCUCAAUGAGUGCCUUUGUUGUAUAAGAAACAUUUUGGGAGUUGCAUACUAGAAAGUUACAGUAGUAACCUUUUCUAUAUAUGUGACAGCUUAGAAGCCUUUUUUUUUAAUGCAAGUUUGGCAACAAAUAUGUUCAAUAUUAUUUAUGAUAAAGAGUGGAUUAGGGCUUAGAGGGUGAGCCUUGGCGCAACAGUAAGGUAUUGUAAACAGGACUAUAUUUUUAUUUUUCAUGUAAUUUGAACAUUCAUCAAGGUUUAGUCAAUGCCAAGGAUUUUAAAGAGUAGCAUGAGGAUGAAGUAUCCUAAAAUCAUUGAGAUCUGCACAGCAUCAAGAUAGCAAUUGGUACUGGUUUAGUAAUAACCGGAUAUGCUAUAGUUUUUAAGAUUGGAGGUUUAUGGGUUGUGAUGUAACUUGGUUCUAUUUGGUAGUUAUGUUCUAAAUUAUUUUUUCAAGUGAGAAGGAACAUGGAAUUUCGAAGUUGAGUUAUUUUAAGAGGAUUUUUUGGUUGCAGAAUGAAUUUUUUGUAGAGGAAAUACUAACAUAGAGCAAUUUAAUAUCAUGAAAAUUAAAAAGAGUACAACUCUGAUACUAUUAACUCUUUUUCAACUACUCUGUGCAAGUAUAGGAAUAAAAAUUUAACUUUUGUCAUGAAAAAAUAGGAAAAACAUUUAAUAGGGAUUGUUUGUUUUGCAAAAAACUAUAGAACAAUACUAAAGAUAGUAACAUAAUUCUGUGAAACCUAGAAUUGUAGUUUCUACUCUCUCUCUCUCUUUUGGGGGGGAGGAGGGGAUCCAGGCAAAGCCUUAACAUCGGCUAUUAGAUAAUUAAGCAAUGAUUGUUACAGUAAAAAUCAUAAGUCGAGGCUAGAAGUCCCUGAUGUUUUGUACUAGUUAUUUAUCUAGUGUUUCAGGUACAAUUUAGGUUAUCUCAAGAGUCAAAGUACUGGCUUGUGCCAAACUAUACUUGGCAUACCUUACCAUACUGGUAGAGAACUGGUACUUUUACACCCCUCGGUACCGUAUCGCACCAACAUAUGGUAGUUGUGUCACCUUUGUAGUGCCACCAUCAACAAUAGUACCUUGUCUUGAUAUUGUAUGGUACAUGUACCAGUAACAAUACUUCAACACUUGCAUUUUCUUGUGUUGAGUUGGCUUAAAUUAGUUCAGAUGUUUCUAGGACAGUCCUCUUGGAAGAUUUUGAUGAGUUAGUAAGAGCUUCAUUUUUCCUUGUAAAGUGUUCUAAGAAGAGGGUUCAGGUUGAGUUAUUUCAAUACUUGAAAUGAUUUUAUUUUAGGUGCAUCCCCCUCUUAUAUUACUCCUUUUCAAUUUCUAAAUAUCUUGUGUGUGUCAUAGUUUUGUUCUUAUCCCAAUCCUUGUAUUAAAUUUAACCAAUUAGCCUGGCAAGGACAUAAACUUUCUCCAUUUAUUUGACAAAUUUUGUAACUAUUCCCUUUUACGGUUCUGCUCCUAACACUCUUUUCUUUAGCUUAUGGGCCUUAGAGAUGAAUGCAAUUCCCAAAAAAAAAAAAAAUGAAAAUGGUGAAUUUUCUUUUUCAAUUUCAAAUUUUCAUUCAUGAAUUUUCAUUUGGAAAUGAGAUGAUAGGUGGAUUUUCUUGUUGAUCAAUAUUAGAUGGUUGUUCAACAUAGUGUAAUGUGGACCAUUCUUGUCUCUCUCUGGUUCAUUUCAAAGGUGUUGCGGUAUAGAGUCAUUGUAUAUCUGAGUCUUUUGUUUUAAUGGUCUAGAUUACAGAAACCUCAUUUUCUUUCCAUUUCUAUUGUAUCAAUUGCAAAAUGUUAGUUAAAAAUUAGAUAAACUAUUAGAUUGCUCAAUAGAUAUAUUGGAUGAUUUUGUUAUUGGCUUUCACCUAGACCCGUUCCAAGUUCCGGUUGCAAUUUGAUGAUACAAGCCAGAUGAUACAAGCCAGAUCGUUGUCUACUAUCAUAAUGAGAGAAGAUUUUGUAACCAAUCUUUUUUUGUGACCCACAUACCGCUAUGUAGCUGGACUUGUUUAUGACUAAAUCUCCCUGCUUAGAGUUCCAAUACAACCAGAAAUGAGAAAUAUUUAAAAAAAUAUUUGAAGUUUCAAAAAAUACAAGCCAGAUCGUUGUCUACUAUCAUAAUGAGAGAAGGUUUUGUAACCAAUCUUUUAUUUGUGACCCACGUACCUCUAUGUAGCUGGACUUGUUUAUGAUUAAAUCUCCCUGCUUAGAGUUCCAAUACAACCAGAAAUGAGAAAUAUUUUAAAAAAUAUUUGAAGUUUCAAAAAAUCUCAAAGGCCCCAAGGGUCCUGUCAUGGAAAGUAGAAGGUACCUGGGAUCCAUGUAUCUCUAAUAUGAUCUUUCAAAUCCCAAACUUAUCUCCCAAAUUCCAAGCCCGUUGACUUUUCUAUUCUAUUAAUCUGCCUCUCUUUUCCCCUCACAUUGUUCACUCUUCUCAAGCAACAUGCUAUGAUAAACACUAGCAGGAUAUAGCAUAGGUAUCCCGAUAACUGCUAUUCUAUAUUUCAUGGUAUGCUUCUCUUGCCCGGACUUAAUUGAAUUCAGCACCAAUUUAUUGAAGGCUGAAGUCAGGCUGUCUUCACAAGUCUCAUUCUGAUGGGAAUGAUUGAUUUCCUUUCAUUUACACACCAGUAUCAAUAAAACAUUUCAAUCAUGUUCAGGAGGAACAGCAAAUACAACUAAAGAUUUUCAUCAAAGAUUGUUUUUCUAAGAUUUCAUUGAUCUACAUAUUACCUGAAAUUCAUUCUUCUCAAUAUUUAAUAUCAUGUUGCAAGAAGUUGAUUAUCACACACAAAUUUGCACCUUUCUUGAUAUUGCAUCUAAGCUUUGCAAUGUCCUUGAGCAUUAUGAUCUAUGCUUGUUUGCAGAUGGUGAACCACUACAUAGUUCUAAAUAUAAUUUUGCCUCCCAAUCAUUAGACAUAUCGACAAUCAUGUGAUGGUUAGCAUGGUGGAUGUAGAGAACAAGGUGGUAUGGGAAGGAGAAGAUGAUCUUAUGUCAUCUAUACAGAAAAAGGCUCGUGAAUACUCAGAUCCAUCAAAGCAAAUUUUUGUGGGCACUGAAGAGUCCUUUAGUGGACAGAUGAAUGAUGGUAAAUGUAUGGAAUAUCCAUUUAACAUUCCUGCUGAUGAAAUUAAAUUGGGUGAAAAUGAGACAGUUUUUUGCACUGAGAAAACUGUUACUGAAAUUGAACUGCCAGAGAUGAUAGGCUGUUAUAAAGAUGGUGCCUUUAACAAUAUAAAGGACAUAUGUGUUGAUGAAGGGAUAUGUUCCCUUGAAAAGAUUUUGGUGGAAAAUGAUGAGUCAAGCCAGCUGUUUCCUUCUAGUUUUAAUUAUCCCGUGGCAAGUGGAAAUAGUGCUCUGAGCAAAGAAAUGGCAGAUGCUGCUGCAACCACUGCAGAUGAUUUCAAGUCUACAUCACGUGAGCAUGUUACUUCUGUUGACAAGGAUGGAGAGGAGCAACAUGCUUCUGGGAGUUUAUCCAAAGUUGGAGCUAAGUUUGAUACAGCUAAUCCAUUCUUAAGUGAUAUAUCUGAUGAGAAUAUCAGUCUAAAACAAUACCUCCCUCUGCAUGAGUUUGAAAUAGACCCUAAGCAAGUGGAGCCAACCAAUAUUGACUGCAGCGAUGAUCAUAAACAUUCUUCUGAGAGUUUAUCUGAAGUUGGAGAUGAGUUUCGUUCAACUAAUCCAUUCUUAUGUGAUAUACCUGAUGAGACAAUCAGUUUUAAGCACUUCCUCUCUCUGCAAGAGAUUGAAACGGAUCCCCAGCAAGUGGAGCCUACCAAUUUUGACUGCAACACUGAGCAACUGGCUGAUCGUCAAAAAUUUAAUCAGGGUGCACUGGAAGAGGAGUGCUUUAUAACCACAGCUGUGCCAUCUGAUGCCAGACAAUCCAACAACAGCUGUGGGUCCAAGGAAAAUGUUACUAUUUGUUUAUCACAGGGCACAGUGGAAGAGGGGUGCUUGAUAUCCACAUCUGCUUUAUCUGAUGUCAGAGAGUCUGGGAAGAGCACUGGGGUCAAGGAAAGUCCUGCUAAAAGUUUGUCAGAGGAUACAUUGCAAGAGGGCUGCUUCACAUCGGCUUCAUCUGAUGUCGCUGAGUCUGAGGAAAGCAGGGAAACCAAGGAAAAUCCCAGUAACAAUUUAUCACCGGGUCUGUUAAAAGAUGUUUGCUCUCCGGAUACAGCUGUGCCAUCUGAUGCCAAAGAGGCCAACCAAAGCAGUGGGACCAUGGGAAAUCCUGCUAAUGCUGAGUUGGAAAGUGGAGUCUCCGGAGCAGCAUCCAUAAGUGGCCAGGAGGAGAGCAGCCAGAAAAUAGACCGGCAGAAAGAUGGACAGGCUAAAAGUGAUCCGGUAACUGGUGAGGCAUUUUCUGAUAAUGCUACUGCCUCAGCUCGAAGUUUGUUUGUUCAUAAUAAUCAUGGAGACUUAAACUUCUCCGAGCCUGUUUGCUUGUCAGGCCCAAUUGCAUCAUCAGGGCAUAUACCAUAUUCAGGUAGCAUUUCUCUUCGGUCUGAUAGUAGCACAACCAGCACACGUUCCUUUGCAUUUCCCAUACUACAGUCAGAGUGGAACAGCAGCCCGGUCAAAAUGGCAAAAGCAGAUCAUAGUCAUUUGAGGAAGCACCGAGGUUGGAGGGCCAAAUUUUCUCACUCCAGAUGUUCAGUCUCUAAUGCUAUCCAGAAGUCUAAUCCAAGAAUAAUCUUCAAAUGGUGCUUCCAAUGUCCCCAGCAGUAAAAAAAUUCUUUUUCUCAGGCUAUGCAUCAUUCUGCAUUCAGGUGCAUCCAGCUCCCCUCUUUGAUCAUAAAAAGAAAAAAGAGGUGAUGGAGGUGACGUCUAUUUCAUGGAAUGCUGGGAAUUGGGAUACCAUUCGAGCUCUACAGAAAAUAUUUGUUUGAGAAGUUGUGGGCUCGUUUGGUUUGCGGGAAGUAUUUUUCCUUCUAAAAAUAUGAUUUCUAGGAAGAAGAUUUCUAGGAAGAGAAUGCCUGAAAAUGUACUUUUGGCAUGUUUGGUUAAACAUGGGAAAGUGAGAGAUUUUCAGAGUGUUUAUGUGUGGUUGACCAUCUACUUUUUUGAAAAAG